AUGAUAACAAACGUUGCCCCAAACAACUAUUAUCUAAACAUACCGAAUGCUAAUUCGACGUCAUCAUCCACUUCUUCCAUCUUUUCUGACCUCAAGAAGCAGUACGAAUCAAAGAUUAAAGAAAUUGAAGAAUACUACGUAAAGACGUUGCUCAAUGAAAAUAACGAUAAUGAUGAUGAAAGCACCUCCGACGGACCUAAUUUAAAUGAAACAGACAUCUUGAGUGAGUCCUCUCCAAGACCGUCUCCAUGGUUACCUUCAAAAUCGAAUUGUUAUCAUUCACUGGCAGAUUUUAAAGACUUGAUCAUAUCAGACUCUAGGCCUACAAAUACGUUGCGUUCUGCUAGUCUUUUCACAACCAAGAACAACAUCUCGACGCUUGCUUUUACCGAGAAAAAGCGUAAGAAAAGGUCACUCGAAGUUGAAAUUAACCCCACUUAUACGACAAAUGCGCUUUCACUACCUUUGACGGCAGAGAACUUACAAAAGUUAUCCCAAGUGAACUCUCUGCCCGCUGGGCUACCAUAUGUAAUCCCAAUUCAGAAAACGACUAACCCGGAACCGUGCAGAGUAGCACCUUUGGAGAUGCCUCAAUUAGUAAAUAAGGCAUUGUACAAGACGGAACUUUGUGAAUCUUUCACCAUCAAGGGUUAUUGUAAGUAUGGUAACAAGUGCCAAUUUGCUCACGGUUUAAAUGAACUAAAAUUCAAGAAAAAAUCGGAUAAUUAUAGAACUAAACCCUGCAUAAAUUGGUCAAAAUUAGGCUAUUGUCCGUACGGUAAACGCUGUUGUUUCAAGCACGGUGAUGACAAGGACGUUCAAAUAUACCAGAGUGUUAAAAACUGGAAUAGUAAUGAUAUGUUGUUGGUCACACCUUCUGCCGUGUCAACAUCUAAUAACAAUAUCAACUUCAGCAAUUUGGGUAAACCUAAAAACUUACAUACUAGUGUUAAAGCAUUGCAAAGGAUGACUUGGUAA